AUGAUUUUUAAUAAACCAAGUUUAAGAAAUCAUUUACCAAAACGUUUAACAUUUAAAAAAUUAAUAAAAAAAGAAAAAUAUGUUAAUACCAAUCCAAAAUAUAAUAGAGACAAUAAUUGUAUUCAAGAUAUAAAGGUUACCAAUGAAGAUAGAUUAUCAAGAAAAAUAUUAAAUAGUUUAGUAUUUCAUGAUGUUUUGGAACAUUUAAUGGUAAAGAUGAAAUUUGAACAACUUUUAGAGCUAUCAUUAGUAUCGAAAACAACAUUCAAUCUUAUUAGGUCUCAACUGUCAUUCAAUUUUCAACAUUAUAAAUUCAAUAUUGGAUCAUUCGUUGGUGUUAGAAAUUACAUAUCGGAUACAUUAGAAAAAGAAAUGGAUGAUCCAAACAUAUAUCAAUGUAAACUUUUACCAUUCAGAGAAAUGGAAUAUAUUGCAAUGGAAUUUGAUUCAGAUCAACAUAAAACCGAAAUUUACAAUGACUCACAUGGUUAUGUGUUUAGACAAACAAAGAAAUUUAAAAAACUCUUUAGCUCAACUUGUACAAAUCUAAAGAAAGUUCAUAUUUUAAUGAAUAUUUGUGCACAUUUUAUAACGGCUCAAGAAAUAGAUUUUGAAAGAAAAUCAGUAUCCGAUCAAUUUAAAAGUUCAACAUCAGUUGAAAUUAAAAAGAAGGCAAGAAUGGAAUUAAUUAGAGAUUACUCUCAUAACGGAUUCUUUACCUAUGAAACAUUAAUAUUUAAUUUAAACAUGACAUCAAUUCCAGUUUCAGAUGAACAAGAAUUUUAUGAACAUAGAACAUAUAAACAACAACCAUUUGAACAACCUUUACCUGCUUUUAAAUUUUCAUUUAAAUUAAUUAAUAAAUAUCAACCGAGAGUACUUAUAAUUAGAUAUAUUCCACCAGCAUCAUCAUCACCACCUGAAGAAGAAUUGGAUGUACAAUAUCCAAUAUCAGUUUUUAAUUUAAUAAAUUUUGAAAAUAUUUUUAAUUUCCCAUCAAUUGAAAUCGUCAAAUUCUUUGAUGUGCCAAUUUCAAAAUCAUUUAUAAGGAAACUUUUCACACAAAAAACAUGUAAAAUUAAAAAAUUAUUUUUAACAGGUUCUGAAGUUUCCCAUUCGAUUAUUAGUGAAAUCUCAUUGGCUUUGGUUGAAAAUAAAACAAUGUUGAAACAACUUUGUUUAAAUACAAAUUCCCCAAGAAAGAUUUUUCUAUUUCAAGCAAAUUCUUUACAACAAAGUUUAUUAUAUCAUAAAUUUGCAUAUAAAGAUGAAAGAGAAACUUUAGAUAUAAUUCCAAAUGAUUUCUUUGAAAAUUUAAAAAUUUUAACUCAUUUUCAUUCUUUAACUUGUAUGGAUUUAUCAAGUCUUACUUUUAAUUUAACUAAACUUUUACCUUUAAAACAAAUUUUAUCACUAGAGAAAUUAAAAUAUCAUUUUCGUUCAAAUUAUGAUGUCUCUCUUUUAAAUAUUCUAUUAGAAUAUUGUAGAGAUCAAAAUAAUGAAAUCAUUCAAUUAAAAUGUAUUUUCGAUGAUAUAAAAUCAGUUGGUGAUUACUUUAAAGCAUUCAUUCAAUUCUUUUAUAAUUAUACUCUACCAGAUAAUUAUCCACCUUGGUACUUUACUAUUAAUAUUAAAAUUAUUGAUAAAUCUUUCCAAAAAAAAGAAUAUUUUAUUGAUUAUUUAGAAUUAAAAUAUAAAUUAUUAAAUUCUUCUGAAAAUAAACAAAUUAAUGUUAUAAUAAAAUAA